AUGCCCACUGAACCACCCUGUCUUGGCCUAGUUACAGCUCCUCCUCUACUCCGCCGCGCGCCGCCUACGUACCUGGCCCAAAUUGAACCCCCCCGCGCGCAGCCUUCCAUCAAAUCAUCCAAGUACACAGCACUCAACAAGGACCUCCACCACAGCUCAAGCUACACAAGCUCGCUCUUGCAUCACGAGCCACACCCCUCGCCACUACGACCGCCUCCGACCAACCGAUCCAACAACACCAUACUAUCCGUCCUAUACCAGGGGAUGACUGCCCCGGAGCAGCCCGCUGGGGGACCAGAGCCGCCAUCCCAGUCUCCCAGCGAGGCCCAAGCCCAACAAACUGAGGCUGAUGUUGAGCCCAGAGCAGGGGACGCCGCUGCGCUUAUAGACCCUUCCACAGUACAGCAUGGAAUGGAACCGUCUCAGACAAUACAGUCAGCUCAGAACCAAACAUCCUCGACCGAUAAUACGCCUUCCGACACCGCACACGUGGUCGAGUCCGCACCCGAAACACCAACCCCGACCACACCGCCUGCGCAGACGGGCUCCAAAAUGUCACAGCAGCUCGCUGCCGCCACUACCAAGAAGCAAAACGACGAUGCCUCGGCCAGCGCACAGGAUCGCGACACCAUGUCUUCCUCAGCCAUCACCAUCCGGCCGGCCAAGUCCGACGCCGACCCUGCCAGACAGUUCCUUUCACCAGAGCCCUCGAGCUACGUCGACCCCACACCAGCGACGCCCAUGACCUCCCAGCCGACGUCACGGUCACCCUCCAAUGCCGCCAGGUCCCAUCGUUCCGACUCCAUCUCGCCGAUUAGGUCGGCCGAGAGCGAGGACAAGAGAUAUGCCAGCGAAGAGGAGCCCGACGGCGGGUCGCGGUCCGAGAUUCAGAGCAUCAUGGAGCAGUUUAGCGAGUACGGAGGCGGCCCCGGCGCUGACGAGGUCAUGAGCCCGAGACUGGAGAUUACUUCUCCCAUGUUCGCCGGCGCAUCUCUUCAGCACCAGCACCCGCCCAGAAAGUCGAGCCUCGAGCCGCUUUCCACCAAUACGGGCAGCCAGGCGUUGGAUGCGGAUGCGCUCGGCGCUCCCACCCCAUCGCCCACCAAAGAGCAGCAAGCGACCGAUGACCACGGCCCCCCAGUACCUCCCAAGGACGGAUCGUUUGGCACGCCGCCCCGGAACAGGGAAACCCGGGCAUCGGCUAGUCUUGCUUCCCCGACGUCUCCUCAGCUGUCCAUCCACCGCCCGCCCCCUCCCGCCCCCGAGCCCGAGCCAACACUGCCGUUUGACUUUCACAGGUUCCUCGAACAGCUCCGCAACAAAAAGGCCGACCCGGUCGCACGCUACCUCAAGUCCUUCCUGACCGAGUUCGCCAAGCGCCAGUGGAUGGUGCACGAGCAGGUCAAAAUCAUUAGCGACUUUUUGGCCUUCAUUGCCAACAAGAUGAUGCUCUGCGAGGUCUGGCGUGACGUCUCCGACGCCGAAUUUGACAAUGCGCGCGAGGGCAUGGAGAAGCUCGUCAUGAACCGCCUGUACUCGCAGACAUUUUCGCCCGCCAUCCCGCCCCCGAAGCCCGUCCCUGGCGCCCGCCCCAAGAAGCGCGGUGGUGAGCUGCCGCUCGGGCCGGGCCGUCGCGGGCAGCACCAAGAGGACGUGGAGCGCGACGACAUUGUUGCGCAAAAGAUUAACAUUUACGGCUGGAUAAAGCCCGAACAUCUGGAUAUUCCCAUUGUCCAAGACAGCGGACGAAAGUUUCUGAAGCUGGCCCAGCAAGAAUUAUUGAAGAUCAAGUCGUAUCGUGCCCCACGCGACAAGAUCAUUUGUGUUUUGAAUUGUUGCAAAGUCAUUUUUGACUCCUUUAUGCCCCUACUCAUAUACGUCGUUCUUCAAUCCAACCCCGAGCAUUUAGUAUCUAAUGUCCAAUACAUUUUGCGCUUCCGCAACCAAGAUCGUCUCGGUGGCGAGGCUGGUUACUAUCUCUCAUCCCUGAUGGGAGCGGUGCAGUUUGUUGAAAACAUGGACCGCACUUCCCUCACCAUCAGUGACGACGAAUUCGAAAAGAGCGUCGAGGCCGCCGUCUCCGCCAUUGCCGAGCGCAACGCGGCUCUGUCACCUACCAUCCGCCAGCAGGCCACCUUCUCCGAGAAGCCCGCUUGGGGUCACACCGACGGCACUGGCAGUACCGCCCCGGAGCGUGCGUCUCCAUCGACGACGGCUCGGCCCAGCUACGAUGGCGAGUCAGAACCUGGCGAUGGUGCCGCCAUCUCGGGCCUGUUGCGCACCUUUCAGAGGCCGCUCACCACCAUUGGGCGCAUCUUCUCCGACGAGCCCGUAUCGUCGUCUCCCUCCUCGUCAUCCACCAGCGGACGGCCCAUGCACCCACCUCGAUCGUCGCAGGACAGCGGCUCCCUGCGGCCCAGCACGGAAGAUAUACGCCCGUCUGCCCGGCCCCAGACGACACAACAACAGCCGCCGACGCACGCGCUCUCGGCCGAGGAAGCUGCCGCGCGCCAGGCAAGCGCCGAGACGGCCGAAGCGCAGCGUCUGCAGCGCGCCGAGCAUGCCAACGUUGUCGAGACGCUGGCUGGCAUGUUUCCCGACCUUGACAAGGAUGUCAUCAGCGACGUCGUGUACGAGAAGCAGGGAAGGCAAGUUACCCCGGAAGUCGGGUUGGCUGUCGAUGCAUGCCUAGCGCUGUCUAGCUAG